AUGCCGAAAGAACAAGCGGUCUACUCGCACGGCCACGGCGCGGCGACGCAAGACCACGCGCGCCGCACCGCCGCCGACUCAGCGGCCUUCCUCCUUCCGCACAUCAAACCUAGCGCCACGAUCCUCGAUGUCGGCUGCGGACCGGGCACGAUCACGGCGGACCUAGCGGCACUCGUGCCGCAGGGCAAAGUUAUUGGCGGCGACGCGGCGACAGAGAUCCUGUCGCAAGCCGCCGACUUCGCCUCUUCACGCGGUUUGACGAACAUCACCUUCGAGAAGAUCGACGCCAACGACCUCCCCUACCCCGACAACACCUUCGACAUCGUCUACUGCCACCAAGUCCUGCAACAUGUCAAAGACCCUGUCGGCAUUUUGCGCGAGAUGCGCCGCGUCGCCGCACCCGGCGGCAUCGUCGCCGCGCGCGAGGCAGACUACAAGUCCUUCGCCUGGUACCCGGAGCCGCCGGAGCUGGCGCGCUGGGCGGACCUCUAUCAGCAAGUCGCCCGGGCGAAUGGCGGCGAACCGAAUGCCGGCCGGUACUGUCAUGUCUGGGCGCGACGCGCGGGGUUUGCCGCAGAUGACAUCGAAGCUACGUGGGAUACGUGGCGCUAUGCCGGUGAGAGGGUCCGGCAUUUCUCCUUGAGUUGGACGGGGAGGAUCUUGGGGCCGGGAUUCACGGGCACCGCGGUCAGAGAAGGAUUUGCCACGGAGGAGGAGAUCCAGAAGAUCUCGCAGGCCUGGAAGGAUUGGGGCGUCCAGGAGGAUGCGUUUUUUGCUUUUGCUCAUGGAGAGAUCUUGUGUCUGAAGACAUAG